AAAAUUCACUAUCACUCACUAUUCACUUGCUCCUCCUCUUCUUCUUCUUCUUCUUCCAAUUUCCAUUAAUCCCUAUAAAUUCCAGUUUGAAUGAUUCUCAGGUGUUUGCGUUUCUCCAUUCCCGCUUGAAUGAUCCUUCACAGAGCCAAAGCGAUCAACCCAAAUCCCUUGUUCCACCAUGCUAAUUCUCAAGCUCUAUUCCACACCCGUCAACGAUCUCAAACACCAACUUCAAAGCAUCGCAAGCGCAUUCCAUUCAUCACCGAAAUCAAAGACAUUGAUGACCCAGAUGAAGCUCUCUCCCUGUUUCACCAUUACAAGGAACAGGGUUGCAGACACUACUACCCUUCCUACGCUGCAUUGCUCUACAAACUCGCUCGUUCAAGAAGAUUCGAUGCCGUUGAAAGCAUUCUCAAUCACAUGAAGGACACCGACUUGCAUUGUAACGAGAGCGUUUUCAUUGCUUUGUUUCAACACUAUGGCCCUGAGAAAGCCCUUGAGCUUUUCCGCAGAAUGCCCCAGUUCAAUUGCACCCGCACAUUGCAGUCUUUCAAUGCGCUUCUCAAUGUUCUGGUUGAUAACGACCGGUUUGGCGAGGCCGGUGAGGCUUUUGGUCGAUCCUACGAGAUGGGUUUUCGUCCGAAUACGGUCACGUUCAAUAUAAUGAUCAAGGGGUGGUUGGGGAAAGGUGAGUGGGGUAAAGCAUGUGAGGUGUUUGAUGAAAUGCUUGAGAAGAGAGUGCAGCCUAGUGUUGUGACUUAUAAUAGUCUCAUUGGGUUUUUGUCUAGAAAGGGUGAUUUGGAUAAAGCAAUGACAUUGCUUGAGGAUAUGAACUGCAAAGGUAAACGCGCUAAUGAGGUGACUUAUGCAUUGUUGAUGGAAGGCUUGUGCUCCGUGGAAAAGUAUGAGGAGGCUAAGAAGUUAAUGUUUGAUAUGGCGUAUCGCGGGUGUAAACCUCAGCUGGUUAAUUUUUCUGUUUUGAUGAAUGAUCUUGGUAGGAGAGGGAAGAUUGAAGAGGCCAAGGCUUUAAUAAAUGAGAUGAAAAAAAGGAGGCUUAAACCGGAUGUUGUGACGUACAAUGUGUUGAUAAAUUAUCUUUGCAAGGAGGGUAAGACUGAGGAAGCUUACAAAGUCUUAACUGAGAUGCAGAUUAGGGGUACUGAGCCAAAUGCAGCCACAUACAGGAUGAUGGUUGAUGGUUUAUGCAGAAUUGGGGAUUUUGAGGUGGGUCUGAAUGUUUUGAGUGCAAUGCUAGCAAGUAGACAUUAUCCGCGUUCUGAAACAUUUAAUAGUUUGGUUGUUGGCUUGUUGAACUCUGGGAAUAUUGAUGGUGCCUGCUUUGUUUUGGAAGAGAUGGGGAAGAGAAAGGUGGAAUUUGACUUGGUGAACUGGGAAACUAUAGUAAAGGAUGUUUGCAGUGAGAACAAGGGCGCAAGUGGGCUCAUGACUGUACUUAAUCCUACAUGACUCCAUUCGUCUAAUGCAUUAGACAUGAACCAAUUGUUCGGUAAAACAUACACCUCAACGCGUCAAUGGAAAAGUAAAAUUUUGUCAUGUUGAGUUCAACGUCAUUUCUAGUUGAGCGAAUUGUUUUCAAUUGGUGGCAAUAUAUGUUGUUGCUUAGCUUAGAAGAUGAGCAGUAUCCUCUGGCAAAGAUGAAUUUAGGAUCCUGGGUAGUCUGUAAUUGCUGAUGUUUGUAAUCGUGGCCCUAAAUGAUAGAAGGUUAAACUUGAAAGAGAGUCCAAUAUGUUUGACCCCAAGAAGGAUUGUAUUGACGAACAUAUCAUAACCAUUAUUGACAUCACCUUUAGCUGUUGUUAUUCAUUUGUUCACAAAUGCUUUUAUUCAAUCC